UUCCUAUAUGCACGAUUGGUAACAUAUAUAUACAUAUAUAUAGAUUCACAGAUCAAGUUUCAAAUAACGUAUUUAUAUAUUUAUAUUUGGAUAGUUUGUUGUUAAAAAUUAUUUUUUAAACUUUUAAAAAUAUGGUAAGAACAAAAGCAGAUCGUGUGCCUACAAAAGCUGUUGGUAGUAAAGCCCCAUCUAAAACUGUAAAAAGUACACCUACUAAAAAAGCAGCAGGAAGCAGUAAAGGAAAAAGUUAUUCAGGUGGAAAUCCGUAUCACCCAAGAGAUACACCAGAAUGGCAAAAGCCUAUCACAUAUUUUAUUAAUCAAAAUCCUACACACAAAGCAGAAAAUGAAAAUGGAAAUGAAAAUGAAAAUCAAAAUGAAGGUACCAGCAAAGAAACAAAUAAUGAGUCAGAAUAAAAGUACCCUACACAAUAUUGUGAUAAUACCAUUCAGUAUUCAGUUAUUUAAGAGGAAAUUAAUUUAUUUUUUUAUAAAUAAUACAGAAAGAGUUUAAGUUCAGAAAGACAUUUAAGUUUUAAUUAUGUUGAAUUACAACAGAAAAUAAAAGUAGAAAUAAGUAUGUAAGGUAAAGUUAAUAUUUUUUAUAAGACAUUUGAAAUGUAUUCAGUGCCAUAAAUAUAACUUCUAAGAUUAUAAGAU